AUGGUGAAGGACAGAGAUGCAAUCCAGAACCCAAACCCUAAGAAGAUGUUCAUUGGAAUCGUAUGGAAUUGUGCUCCUGAACUCAAGCUUCUCUUGUCUUCCAUUCUUUUCCUUUGUUCCCUCUUCACCCUCUUCCAGUUCUUCCCUUCUCAUCUCUCCUUCUCCAUCCAAGAUCUCCGCCACUGCGCCGCCCUCCCUCAACCACCACCACCACCACCACCAACCCACAUUAACCAGCAGGAUGUUGUUCUCAACAAUGGUGUCAUUAAAAGAAAUUUCAACACCUAUGGCACCGCCGCUUACAACUUCAUACUCAUGUCUGCUUACAGAGGUGGACUCAACACCUUCGCCGUCGUUGGUCUCUCCUCCAAACCCCUUCACGUCUUCUCCAAACCCACAUACAUCUGUCAAUGGCUUCCCCAGAACAUCACCGUUGCCGGAAACAAGAUCCUCCCUGACUGGGGCUACGGCCGUGUUUACACCGUCGUCGUUGUCAACUGUACCUUCCCUUUCCCUGUAGGUGACGACGGAUCCGGUGGACGGUUACUUCUCCAUGCCUCCACUUCCGGCGGUGGAGACGCCAACUUCAACCUCACCGACACCAUUGAAGCUCUGACAGAAACCCCAGAAAGCUUAAACCUUUUGCAAUUUACAGCGCCUCCGAAAUACGACUAUCUUUACUGCGGUUCGUCGUUGUACGGUAACCUGAGUCCACAGAGGAUUCGUGAAUGGGUAGCUUACCACGUGAAAAUGUUCGGAGAGAAGUCGCAUUUCGUCAUACACGACGCCGGCGGGAUACAUCCGGAAGUAAUGGAGGUUUUACGGCCAUGGAUGGAAAAGGGUUACGUGACGGUGCAGAACAUACGGGAACAAGAAAGGUUUGAUGGGUAUUAUCAUAAUCAGUUUCUGAUUGUGAAUGAUUGUUUGCAUAGAUACAGAUUCAUGGCGAAAUGGAUGUUCUUUUUUGAUGUGGAUGAGUUUAUCUUUGUGCCAAAGAAAAGCACCAUUAAAACGGUUAUGGAUUCAUUGACGAAUUACACCCAGUUCACCAUUGAACAAAGAACCAUGUCUAACAAGCUCUGUUAUCUUGAUGAUCAUGUGGGCAAAAUCUACAGGAAAUGGGGGAUUGAGAAGUUGGUAUACAGAGAUAGUGUUAAAGGGAUCAGGAGAGAUCGGAAAUACGCGAUACAACCGAGGAACGUUUUUGCAACGGGGGUACAUAUGUCGGAGAAUUUGUUGGGGAAGACGACACAUGACACAGAAGGGAAGAUAAUGUACUAUCAUUACCAUGGGACUAUAUCCGAGCGAAGGGAACCAUGUAGACAGCUGGUUAACACGACCAGUAUGAAAGUUGGGGGAACGCCGUAUGAGGUCGACAAGACGAUGCGGGAGGUGGCCGGAGCGGUGAAGCGAUUCGAACUACGAAUGAUUGGAUCUGUUUUGAUAAGAACCAAACAAUGACACAUUAAUUUCUAUCUUUUGAUUUUAUUAUGUAUAGAUAGAUAGAUGGAAUGAAGUUAUAGAGGGUUUUGGUAUUUGAUAGAUAGAUGGAAUGAAGUUAAGAUGUACUUGUACUCAAAUAUAUUUACUUCUACUUUAGUUUUGGUUUUUCCAAAAU